AAAAUGUUAACCCAGCAAAAUAAUCGAAACUCACAAAAACAUCAACAUUUUUCUUUCAUUUCUUCAAUUCCAAUUCUUUAAACCCUAAUAAAAACCCUAAAAUCCAUCCUUGUUCACUACCAGUAAAAAUGAACACAUUAAUAAUCAUGCUAGAACGUUCUAGAAUAUACCACCGUCUCACCGUCCUCCGCCACAUGGGCGGCGGUCCACGUACGUUUCCCGGCGGCCUGAACAAAUGGCAAUGGAAACGCCUUCAUGAAAAACAAGCAAGAGAGAAAGAAAAACGUCUUCUUGAUCAAGAAAAACAGCUUUAUCAAGCCCGGGUCAGGUCCCAGAUCCGAUCCAAACUAUCCGACCCGGAUUCGACAACUACCAAUGAACCCAAUUUCAAACCUUUAUCACCUAAAGAACAUAUUAAAGCCUUAGCUGAUAGAUUUAUGAAAGAGGGUGCUGAAGAUUUGUGGAAUGAAAAUGAUGGUCCAAUAAAGUCUCCAUCUUUACAAGAAAAAACUAGAAUAGAAUCGACCCAUGACCCGAUUAAUUUGCAAAAGCUUGUUUCGGGUCAAAUCCGUAGUCAAGUGAGUGAUGUUUCUUCUGGUUUCAGUUAUAAUCAGUUAAAACCCAGACAUUAUUCUGUUUCUUUAUUUUCUGGUAAUCAGUUGAAUGUUAGGCAUUAUUCUGUUAGGAGGUCUAGUAAUAGGAAGAAUGGUAAUAGCUCGUCGAGUGACGAUGAGACAGACGAUGAUGAGGGGUUUUUGAUGAUGAGACCUAACGACGAGAGUUUAAGAGGAAGACGGUUGAGUUCAGUCGGGUUGUCAGGUGAAGGGAGUGAUGAUGAUGACGAUGAUGAGGAAAUUGGAAAAAAGAAGAUGUUGAUGAGUAGUGCUGCCUUGGGGAAGUAUGAUUUGAAGAAGACGAAAAGGAUACCGUUGAAGUUUCUGGAACAAGAAGAUGAUAUAUCAUUGCACGUACAGGCUAUUCGGAAUGAGGUUAAUAAGAGGCGUUUUGCGGAACAAGAUAGUGCAGUGGGUGAUGAUGACUCGAUUCUUAGUUCAAAAAGGUUUGAUGAGUGCAAUGUAUCUACCUUGACAAUAAAGGCUCUUAAGUUAGCAGGCUAUGUGCAAAUGACAAAGGUUCAAGAUGCCACGAUAUCUACUUGCCUUGAGGGCAAGGAUGUGUUGGUUAAAGCUAAAACUGGAACAGGGAAAAGUGCUGCUUUUUUGCUCCCUGCAAUUGAAGCAGUUUUAAAGGCUUCAAAUAGCAAUGUGGCUAAACGUUUGCGAGUUCCACCGAUAUGUGUACUUAUUCUGUGCCCCACAAGAGAGCUAGCAAGUCAGAUAGCCGCUCAAGCCAAUGUGCUGCUAAAGUUCCAUGAAGGAAUUGGUGUGCAGACACUUGUUGGGGGUACUCGAUUCAAAGUUGAUCAGAAACGUUUAGAAACAGAACCAUGUCAGAUCAUUAUAGCAACACCUGGUCGAUUACUGGACCACAUUGAGAACAAAUCUGGAUUCUCUGCACGUUUGAUGGGAUUGAACAUGCUUAUACUUGAUGAAGCAGAUCAUUUACUAGACCUUGGAUUCCGGAAGGACUUGGAGAAAAUUGUCGAUUGUCUACCUCGACAAAAGCAAUCUUUACUCUUUUCUGCAACACUUCCAAAGGAGGUUCGGCGAGUAUCUCAACUGGUUUUGAAAAGGGAGCAUGCUUAUAUUAAUACUGUUGGGCUAGGUCCUGAAACACAUGAUAAGGUUAAUCAAUCUUACAUUAUUGCACCACAUGAACAACAUUUUCAAAUAGUCCACCAUAUACUGAAGGACCAUAUUGCUCAGUUUCACAAUUAUAAGGUUAUUGUCUUCUGUACUACAUCAAUGAUGACAUCCCUCAUGUUUUCUCUUCUCCGCGAGAUGAGAAUGAAUGUUAGGGAAAUUCAUUCCAGGAAACCACAACUCUACCGAACUCGUGUUACUGAAGAAUUCAAGGAAUCAAGCCAACUGAUUUUAGUAACCUCUGAUGUGUCAGCUCGUGGAAUGAAUUACCCUGAUGUCAGUUUGGUUAUUCAGGUGGGUAUCCCUGCUGAUCGUGAGCAGUAUAUAAAUCGUCUUGGAAGGACAGGACGUGAAGGCAAAGGUGGAGAAGGAAUCAUAUUACUUGCACCAUGGGAAGAGUAUUUUCUUGAGGAAGUUAAAGACCUCCCUCUUCAAAAAUCAUCUUCACCACAUUUAGAUCCAGACAUGACAGUUAAGAUUGAGAAGUCAAUGGCGAAAGUUGAUCCAAGUGUGAAAGAAGCAGCAUACCAUGCUUGGCUUGGGUAUUAUAACUCAAUUAGAGAAAUAGGUAGAGAUAAAACGACACUUGUCGAGCUAGCCAAGGGUUUUAGCGACUCUAUUGGGUUGGACAAAGUUCCUUCGCUCUUUAGAAAAACGGUAGUGAAGAUGGGACUAAAAGAUAUACCAGGCAUUCGAGUAAGGAAGUAGCCCCCCUAUUAACUUGUUUAGUUGUUUAGUGCUAGAUGAUGGGUUGAUGUGAUUACUAUCUUUAUUUUGUAUUACAUCUUUUCCCAGAGUUAGAAAUGACCAAAUAUUUGGCCAAAUCUACUUAUUCAUGUGUAAGGCAAUCAUACUGAUUGUUUCUUGUAUAUGAGAUAGAGAAGCAACAUACGUAAAGUCCAAAAGUAAUUACCAGUUCAUAAUUUUUAGUAA